AACCUUGUAUUACUAUGAUGUCUUGUCGAAUCCCCCUGUUACUUUGUUUUUCUAGCAUCGUAUUUCUGCAAUGCGCAGCAUCAGGCUGCUUUUGGCGCAAUGGCACGGAGAAUCCAAACAACAAUUACGUACCCUGCAGCAUCGACCCUUCCAAUCCCCUCAGCACAAUCUGCUGCGCGUCAUGGGACGAGUGUCUACCAAAUGGACUGUGCAGGAAUACGGUAGACACAAACUUCUGGCGUGAGUCAUGUACCAAGCAGGAUUGGACGGAGGGCGGGUGUCAGGAGAUAUGCUCAACAGAGGACGAAGAGCAAAGAAGCAUUGAUAUACGUGUACAGCCCUGUGAUGGGACUGCUGAGUCCUUAAUUUGGUGCUGCGGACCUACCAAAAACUGUUGCGCUGAUGGCCGGAAUAUCACGAGAUACACCGUUGCGGCUCGAUUCGGCGAUCCGUUACCCACCACUACGGUUCUCUCAAGUUCUCCUAGCGACUCAAUGCCAACUGCUACAAGUCAGGGAUCAUCCAUGUCUUCAUCGAGCACUCAUAACUCGACCAUACCUGUUGGGAACAAUGGUCUUUCUACUGGUGCAAAAGCUGGGAUCGGAGUUGGUGCAGUACUUGGAGCUAUCACAGUGAUAGCGAUGGGUAUUUUCAUCGCAAAAGCAAUGCGAUGGCGAAGGCAGGCUAGGGCUAUCGCGCCGCCAUACAGUGACCUUCCGAGACCACCCAGUAAAGAGGUUUACCAAUAUAAUCUUGAUGGACAAAAUGUACAACAGCUUCCCGGACAGGAAAGUCAAGUGCACGAGCUCCAUGCUUCUGGGUCUGUUUCAGAGCUCGGACAUGUGGUAACACGCAUCACCGAUGGUCGUAGCAACGAGACGCGCAUCUGACGAGUUUUGAAAGAGUUUUUGACUAUCCAAUGGUAGCGCAGAUAUUAAAUUGGUAGUCUAGAAACAUGAUCACAGAUAAAACCUCUA